AUGAUCAUUGUAUAUUUGAAAGAUAAUACAACAAUAUCGGGUAAUAAAACAAAAGCUCCAUUCAAUGCAAUAAUAGGAUAUGCAUCAACAAAUGUCGAAGCUUAUUCAAAUGGAAAUGAUAUUUUUAUAUCGUUUCAAUAUAAUUAUUUAUAUGGAGUUUUUAUGGGAAUGAAAUGGCAAUGUGUUGAAUAUGCACGUCGAUGGGUUUUUAAACGUAAAGGUUGUGUUUUUGAUAGUAUUGAUCAGGCUGCUGAUAUGUGGACUCAAUUGGACAAUGUUCAACGAGUUAUUGAUAAAAAAUAUUUUCCUUUAAAAAAAUAUCCGAAUGGUUCUCCAGAUCCGCCUAAAAAUGAAUCAUUACUUAUUUAUAAACGUUCAGGUGUGGAUAUGCUAUCUGGGCAUGUUUCUGUUAUCGUUGAUGUUUUACCUGGUUUUAUUCAAGUUGCUGAAGAAAAUUAUGAUCCUUAUUAUUGGUCAGGAAAUUAUUCUCGACAAAUUCCAUAUGUAUUUAUUAAUGAAAGUUAUUAUAUUGAAGAUGAUUAUCCCAUUUUUGGUUGGAUGUCAAUUGAAGACAAUAAUCAAACAAAACCGUUGGAUCAAGCAACAAUAAAUGCUAUUAUUAAUUAA